AUGAAAGACAAGCGGAAACUCCACCUCUUUCCCCAAAAGGCAAGAGAAAGCUCUAGACGGAUUGGCUGAGAACCGUGUCCUCCCAAAUGUCACCGCUUUCUUCCCAUCGAGGAAAUGGACACAUCUAUCAGUAAGACAUUUCUCAGUCUGAUCGAGAGGAUAAGGAGAUGAUUGGUCCCUUUGGGCCAUGACAGCUGGAAGACCCGAAGGUUCCUCUACGUCCCGCCUUAUUUGAAAACAAAACCGGACCCGGGACCUAUUUAGUGUGGUGGGGGUGGAGCGAUAAUUAUCGCGCUAAAGCUAACUGCAGCUGCGCAGAGUCGCGUUUCCGCCCCCGCCCCUGAGAGCCUGCCGCACAAUCUGUCAUGGCGGCUGGGCUGGCCGGUUUGUGCGCUCGCCGCCUUCUGGCGGCAGUUGCGACAUGAGGGCUCCCGGCUGCCCGCGUUAGCUGGGAAUCCAGUGUUUCCAGGGCUGUGGUCGCCCCGUCCGCUGUGGCAGGAAAGCGGCCCUGGGAACCGACCGUAGGCUGGCAGGAGGACCCAGAUCCCGAGGACGAAAACCUCUAUGAGAAGAACCCAGACUCCCAUGGUUACGACCAGGACCCUGUUGUGGACCUCUGGAACAUGCGGACUGUCUUCUUCUUUGGCUUCUCCAUCGUCCUGGUCCUUGGCAGCACCUUCGUGGCAUAUCUACCUGACUACAGGAUGCAAGAGUGGGCCCGCCGCGAAGCUGAGCUUGUGAAAUAUCGGGAGGCCAAUGGUCUCCCCAUUAUGGAUUCCUACUGCUUUGAUCCCAGCAAGAUCCAGCUGUCAGAGGAUGAGGACUGACCUGUUGCUACGUGGGGCUCAAGUAGUACCACCUUCCCCACCCCCAGCCUGCCAGUGUUUCUUCUUUUCAGACCACCUAAUUAAAGGGACUGAAAGUCUGA